AUGGCAGAAGAAACUCGACAGAGCAUAUUGGCUGAGGCCAAGAAAAAGUUAAAAGAAUAUUGGCAGAGAAACAGCCCUGGUGGUCCAGCAGGAGUGAAGAAGAACAGGAAAACAAAUGGCAGUAGCCCUGAGACAGCCACUUCUGGUGGUUCCCACUCACCUGGGGAUUCAGCAACAGGUAUCGACAGAGAGGGCCCUACGUCAUCUGCACCCCUCAAGGAUCUGGAGAGCCCGUCCCAAGAACUAGCAGCUGUCCUGGACUCGAGGUUCGUCAAAAUCAGUCGACUCAAUAACAUCAUCAAAUCUCUGGAACGACAGAAGAAACAAGUGGAACAUCAGCUGGAAGAAGAAAAGAAGGCAAACAAUGAGAAACAGAAAACUGAAAGGGAGCUAGAGGUUCAAAUCCAGAGAUUGAACGUACAGAAAAAGAAACUAACUAUUGACGUGUAUCGCACGAAACGCUCUCUCAUAUACUUUGAAGAAGAGUGCAAGGAUCUGGCUGGCCGCCUGCAACAAACACUGCAGUGUAUAGAAGAGUUAGAGCAGGCUCUGUCUGCUGUCCCCGCCACACAGGAGGAGAAGGAGAUCAGUUCCUCGAGCCACAGGAAAGCAUGUAUGGAGUGGAAGUUAGAGUGGUCCACACGGGAGCAGGCACUUCUGAAAGCACAGCUGACCCAGAUGAAGGAUUCACUUAAACAAGCCCAUCUGGAGAGAGAGGAAUAUGCUCAACAUCUAAAAGGAGAGAGGGCCCAGUGGCAGCAGAGGAUGAGAAAAAUGUGGCAGGAGGUUUGCACCUUGAAGAAGGAGAAGAAGGAUGACACACAUCGGGUGGAGGAGCUGAAGAGGAGCUUGUCCAAACUCAAACACCAGAUGGCUAAACCCCUGCCCCCGGAGCCCCCAGCAGUGCCCGCUGAGGAGGAGCUGCAGCACCUGAGGAAGGAACUAGAGAGGGUGUCAGCAGAGCUCCAGGCCCACGUGGAAAACCAUCAACACGUAAGUCUCCUGAACCAGCCACAAAAGGAGAGGCUUGGGAGGCAGGAGGAGAGGCUUCGGAAGCAGGAGGAGAAGCUUCCGCAGCUGGCCGAGCCACAGAGCGGUGUCGAGGAGCUGAACAACGAGAACAAGAGCGCACUGCAGUCGGAGCAGCAAGUGGAGGAGCUACAGGAGACGCUGGACGAGGAGCGCCUGGAAGCUUCCAGCCAGCAGAGCCAGCAGCUGAAUGCCCCGUUGAACCUCACGGCUCUCCCUGGGGAAGGAGAUGGAGGAGAACAUCUGGGCAGUGCGGAGGAGGAGGCACCUCAGCCCAUGCCGAGCCUCCCAGAGGACCUGGAGAGCUGGGAGGCCAUGAGCGGCUGUAUGGACCACCGGGAGGAGAUGGCGGACCUGAGUGAGCUGGUGGAGAAACCCGAACUUCCAUUCAUCGAAUACUGGGGAGAGAGAUGCCAUCAGAAUGUUCAUCAGCUUCUAACAGAGGCAGGGGGCAGUGCCGAGGAUGCAGCAAUGGGAGGAGGACAUCAUCGGGCUGGUCCAGCACAGGGAGGAGAUGAAGGUGGAGCUGCAGGAGAUGCUAUUACGGCUUGUGCCGACCACAACAACGAGCACAGCAAACUCCUGACCUCUUCCCAGAACCCAGCUCAUGAGCCCCGUCCAGGAGUCCCAGACCCCCAGGAGCUUGGGGCUGCCCACAAGCAUGGUGAUCUUUGUGAGGUGAGCCUCACCGUCAGCGCCGAGACUGGGCAAGGAGAGGCCAGGGAGGGGUCUCCCCACGACAACCCUACUGCACAGCCCAUCGCGCAGGAGCAGCAGGAGCACCCAGGCUUGGGCAGCAACCUCUGCGUGCCGUUCUUUUGCUGGGCUUGGCUGCGGAGAAGAAGGAGAUAAACAUCACCAUCAUCAAGGAGCUGAUCAAGACAUUUUUUAAAAAGAAACAAAGUUAUGGGGUUAAUCUCCUACACAAUUCAUUUACUUCAUUGGAAUGUUAGAGCCACUCUUGAUUAUUUGUGUUUCUAAUUUAUAGUUUAAGUUUAUUUGUAAAAAGUUAAAAGAGAGUGGGUCUCUGUGGCCUUCCCUGACGUUCACUCUGGCAUCCUUUAGCAUUUUCUUUUUUAAUUUCAUAAUUGUAGGUCAUUAGCAUGUAUAUCGAGUUCGCCCUUACGUGGUGGGAG